AUGACGCAGCAGGCGGCGCCUAGAGAGUUCCAGAUGCUGAAGUCUUGGAGCUCAAAGGACAGACGGGAUCAGAACCAAGCAGACGAAGGAAGGCAGGAUAAUCCAGAAGGUGAAGCCAAAGACGAUGUCGAAGACAUGUUCGGUAGUCAGAGCCAGGAGGUUAGAGAUCCAAAGAGAGGCCGAAAGGAAAUCCAGAACAGAGUCAGGAAACAGUUCCAGGUUCGAUUCCAGAAAUCCAGAAGAAGUCUGAAGACAGACCGGGGUGUGGUUACUGUCCGCUCCCCUGGCUGUGAGUGUGCCGGUGUGGCCAAUGGAGCUAUCCGCUCCCAGAUCAGUUCCUGCUGGCAGCGACAGCGGCGCCAUGUUUCCUCCACCGCCGCCCGGGCUACAGACGACGUGAAGCAGUUUUUGUCUCGGUUCAGGUCUCUGUUUGAGCUGGUGGAAGCUAGGGGCGGUCUGGCCUUAACGGACACCGCGAUGCUGGAAUGGUACCUCAGCCUGGCGCCAGAGGACCGGAGGAUCAUUCUAGGUGAAGGAGGCCUCCAAUUCUUCCUGCAGAAUCAUCCCAACCUGGAGGUGUUGGAGGAUUAUGUUUAUUUGAAGUAUCGUCUGCAGCAAAGUGAGACGAAGGUGUUUCCAGGUGACUUUCAGAACGGAGCGAAUCGAUCACAGCUACAGCUGCCUGAGGGCGUCCACAGUGACCCUGCCGUCCACCUGACCGGCCACAGCGACCCGCUCACACAGAACCAGAGCAGACUGAACAGCGGCACAGCAGCGACGCCUUUAGUCAUGGAGUCCGACCAAAGCAGACAGAGAGGAGAGUCCAGUUAUUGGAUCCACGACCCGGUAGCACACCACCAAAGUUAUGCUUCUACACUUCAGACACGGGCGGAGCUCCAGCCUCCUCCUCCUCCUGCCGGCUCUACAGGAGGAGACCUGAGGAGAGAAUGGGAGAAAUCUCACAGCCUCAUUAAUGAUGACAGGAGCAUCCUGAUGUGCUUGACCAGUGAAAACUUGUCGAUGCCAGAUGAUAAGGCUCCAGUUCAGCCAGUUUAUGACAACAGCUGCAACCCCCCCGGCGUAAAGAGGACUGCCGCUGCUUCCUGUUGUGAUGCAGGACUGGACUCCAAGCCGAAGAGCUUCACAUCGAUCAGCACUCAGACCGAAGCUCCAAGCUCAGCGGAGAAGAGCGUCAUGACUGUGGUUCUUAUGUCUGAUCUGGACUGUCUCUCUGAGGAGUUAAAAAGACUCCAGAUGCCUGAAGAAUGCAAUGAGACAGAGAAAAAGAGACAAAGAGCCAAAGACCUGCCUGCAGAAACAAAGAACAUCCUGCAGAAACUGGAGAGGGACUAUAAGCUGCUGCAGCAGCAGCUCCUAAUGGGGGUUCCUUUGGAGCAGCUAAGUCCUCUGUGUGUGGACCCUAAGGUCACCCCCCCUGGAGCAGGUUCCUCCCCUCCACAGGUCAUUGGUGACGCAGGCGAAAAUCCUCCUUGCCUGAGCACCGGCCAGGAGGUGCAGAGGCCUGGGGAGAGUGGAUGCCAUGAGGAGAGAAAGAGCUUCCAGCUUCAGGAUGCCGUCUCUGACUUCAGUCUCAUCCUUGUCGCUCUCACGGUCCUCUUCAUCCCGCAGCAGCCCAGCCUUCCGAAACCCGCCGCCUCUGAGGAGCCCAGCACCGAUGAGAUUUGGUUCGACGCUAAAGAGGAGCUGAAUCUCCAAGAAUUGGCAGCAGAGAUCGGUCCGAAUUCAAACAUGGCCGACAACCAAAAUGCAGAGUCAGCUGAUGAUGAGAGCAGCAGCUCGAGGCUCUGCAUGUCCAACCUGCCUGGCAACACCGCAGAGACGGAUCAGAAGCAGAAAUUCCAUCCAUCAGAUGUCAGCAUUUCCACUCUAAAGAACAAAGCGAGAGACGCCAUGGUGGAUGCAUCAGAGGCAGCUGCAGGCCGGGAGCUCAGCGGUCAUCAAAUCCAGAACUAUACCAUCAGCAUCAGUCAUGACAGCGGAGCCAUCGAUGUAAACCAAUCAUCCAGCUCCGUUUCCAAGCACGACGCCAUUGAAGCUUCGCCCUCUGAGAACGAGCCGAUCGACUCGCCGCUCCUCUGCUCCGGCACGCAAAGAUGGAGGGUUGUGUCCAACUCGCUCACUGGAAGGAAAACCUACGUGCCUCUGCACUUCGGCACCAUGGACAGCCUGAGAAUCCUGAUGGGCGAGCUGACGAGGAUGCAUCCAGAUGUUGGCCGGCAGGGCGUUAUGGACGCUCUGAUGGAGCUGAAGACACGACACGGGGGGGCCCUUGGCAGCCUUCCCCUCAGCACCAUCAGAGAUAUGACCUCUGACCUGCUGACCAAAUCAGCUCCUGCCACCCAGACAUGAGGAGGAA